AUGACUCGCACUACUGAAGUGCGCCGUCGUCGGAUCCCAGGCGCACGACGUUUCUCGACAAAUCAGGCAGGCACCUAUCCCCGUCAUUCACUAUGCCAGUCCUUGCCGCAUUCGCUAGAAGCGUUAGACUUGUCAAACUCGUCGCUCGCUCCAACUCUUUCUGCACUCCGCCUCCAGGUUCUUUCUUGCCUUGCUGACCUGGAAGCUCGCCUUACUCUGUUCGACUCCCCAAAUUCACCCGAUUCGCUCAAGAGCAGAGGUGAACUGACUGUUGAUGAAGUUAGGAUGUGGGCCAGAGAUGGGUUGGAUAUGCUUCAGUCUAUACGAACACUCGUCUGUUCGCAGCUCCCGGACCUUAGUCUCGAACACGUCAAGUCUCAUAUGCUAGAUGUAUCCAGCCUUGACGGCAUGCGCGCACACCUACCUGAUAUGCCAGAUGUUGUUCGCUCACGGAUUCCCGACCUCGAUUUCUCCGACCUGCGUUCACGUCUUGACGACGUCUGCUGUCGCGUCUCCGACAUAGACUUUCAUAGACCACUGCAUUAUAUUCGUACUCUUUCCGACCAUCUGCAAUCUCUACAGUCGCAUCUGUCGUCUACAGAGCUCCCUCAUAGUCUCUGCUUGUCUCCGCUCUCCCAUACCUCUGCCCUAUCCGAUCUGUAUGACAAAGUGCUUUCCUCGGAGCUUGUGCAUGAGAUUUCCUCUGAUCUUCGUGAGGGCGAAGACACCAUCGAGAAGGUCGCACUGGAGAUUGCGCGUGCUGUCAAACAGUCCCUAAACGGUUCCCGACUUAUUAAAUACGUUGACCUGCCAGACCAAUGGCGUAAUAAUCCAUUCGUCCAGCAUGGAUAUCGAUUUAUACCUCUACAAGAAUGGCCUCGUCUAAUACUGUCUCUUUUUGCUCUCCAUAAUGAGACCUUGAACAUCCAUACCCAUCUGAUACCCUUCACAACAUGGCUAUUUACACUCAUCCCAUAUUCCCCACUCUCGGCUGCUUAUGCGCCAAUCGAUGCACCUUCGCUCGCUUUCACUGCUUUCGCAUUGCUCUGUCUCUUCACAAGCGCCCUUUGGCAUACCAUGGCGGGCUGCGCGCAUCCAAAGGGGAUGGAGCUUUGUGCUCGAAUAGAUUACGUUGGCAUUGGCUGGUUGAUCAGCGCGUCCGUUGGUACAGUUGUGUAUUACGGGUUCCAGUGUAAUCCAACGACGUGUAAAUUUUUCCUUAUGCUGUGUCUGAUUAUGGGAGUUUCGGGGAGCGUUCUGCCGUUUACUGAAUGGUUCAACAAGUAUGAGUAUCGCAAAUAUCGCAUCAUGUUCUUUGUGACUUUGGCUUUCACCAGCGUGGCGCCUCUUGCUCGCCUUGCAGUAUUACACUCCACCGCACAGAUGCUGGCAUUCAUUCGUCCUAUCGUGCCCUCUCUCUUAUCGUACGUCACUGGGCUUGUCUUCUAUGCUACUCAUUUCCCAGAGUGCUACCUGUCAACGCGAUGGGCUCACUCACACUUGCUCGACCGAUUCGGGGGAGGCUCGCAUGCGAUUUGGCACAUUUUCAUCGUGCUGGCGAUCAGCCAACACAAAUCGGCCAUGUCAGAACUCAAGAGAGGGAUUGGAGAAGUGUGUUAG